AAACAAUGGCGCCUAAUAUUACCUGAGUAGUUUAGGAAAACGGUAUGGCCGGACAGUCUACUUUGUAUCACAGAGCAUUUUGUAAUACUAUAGUUAUUGCUGUCGACAAGAAGUUUCUUUCAGUGUGCCUAGUUCCUCAAAAUCAUACAUUCUGAUCUGGCAGGGGCUCGAUUGGAGUUUUUUGGGAGGAAUAGUGGGGAUCGGCGAUUGGUCACCGCAAGCAUACACGGAACUAUUUACUUUUAGUCGCGGAAUUGAAAAUGACAGGUGUAUCAAUCAGGGAAUAUACAAUUAAAAUAUUAGAAAUCCUGUGCUGAUUGAGUCUAUUUUGUGAAUUAAACUACUACAUUCAAACCAAUAUUUACUUUUAGGCAAUCAUCUCGCAGUCUGCAACAAUAUGUCCCAGGCAUAAUCACGGUUUAAUCAGUCGAUGGAAGUGUGUUUUUGUGCUCAUGCUCAAUCAUACACUUUGCAUUCCAGAGAACAGGAUUUAAGCAGCCUAAAAUUAUGCGAUUCAUAAAAUUCUACCUCUCCAACAAACCACAGGCGCGUUCGAGAUGACGUCAUAUUCAUGCGACUGUUUACACGCAGAGGCUAUCAACAUGGCACUAUUUCCAGCUUUUGCAGGAUUAUCAAAUACAAAACCUGAGAUUGCACCUAAAGAACUAGAAUGGCUGAACAAUCAAAGUUUCCGCACUGAUGACGCUCUCUCUCUUCACCAACGAGCCACGGAGAAAGCCAACGAAACACAAUCGGCAGAAACAAGCAGACACGUUAUACCAGAGAGGGAGGAUAAGAACGAUGUCCAAUCCAACAAGAAGAAAAAGAAGGAGAAGAAGAAGAAGAAGAAGAAAAAGAAGAAGCACAAGAAGAAGAGUGGAGAACCCUCUCCAGCAAGCAGUGGCUCAGAUUCGGAUACUAUCUACCCCAGUGACCUCCUAAAAAAGGCUGAGAGUACUCCUCCCAGUGAGGCGGUUCAGUUUCAGGUGGAGGGGUCUUUUGUGUGGUUGGAUGACCUCCAGACCCCCACCGAUCAGCCCUUCUGCGUGGACAGGAGAGCAGACCGUGCCAACUGGGAGUACAAAUCACUUUACAGAGGAGAUAUCGCUAGGUACAAAAGGAAGGGCUUUUCCUCUCUGGGUUUGAACCUGCGGUCUCAGGCCGUGAGCUGGGCUGAGUCUGGCCCAGAGAAGAAGAGAGUGGACAGGAGACAGAGACCCAACCGCUACUUCUCCCCCACCGUCCGCCAGCUGCUGAUGUCUGAUGGCAAACCCACGUUGCCCAGACCUCCACCAGAGGACACCACAACCACCACUUUAUCCUUCAUCCCUGUGCCCUCCUGUCUGGAAGGUGAGGCAGAGGGGGGUGGCUCUGCCAAAGGCCAGGGCUCCUGGGUCAACCCCCUGGGGGUGUAUGACUCCUCCACGUCCCUGUGGCUCCAGGGGAAGGGGAAGGCGGAGGAUGGCAAGGCAGAGGAACAACCUACUCCCAGGGACAAUGCUGCCGUCAUGCUGGCUGAACGGGUGGAGGACUUCAAUAGGAGGCUGAGGGAAACCCCCACAGACACACACACCUGGCUUCAGUUUGUCCUCUUCCAGGACGAGGUAGCUGGGGCGCCUGGGGUGUUUGCUGACAUCUCUGAGAACGAGAGCGAGCGGCGGAAGAGGUCAGUGCGCGCCACGCUGGAGAAGAAGGUAGCCAUUUUGGAUCGAGCAGUGGAGAAUAACCCGAGCUGUGUGGAACUGAAGCUGGAGCGACUGCGGCUCUGUAGGGAGUUGUGGGAGCCGGCAGCCCUGCUGAAGGAGUGGAAAAAGCUGGUGUUCCUGCACCCCAACAGUGCCCCCCUGUGGAGGAAGUACCUGCUGUUCAUGCAGAGCCACUUCAGUACCUUCUCCGUGUCAAAGGUCAACACGGUAUACGGGAAGUGUCUGAGCACGCUGGCGGCGGUGCAGGAUGGGAGCAUGGUUUCCCACCAGAUGCUGCCGGGCACUGAUGAACACAUGCUGGCCAUCUUCCUCCAGCAGUGUCAUUUCCUCAGGCAGGCUGGCCACUCAGAGAAAGCUGUGUGUCUGUUCCAGGGCCUACUGGACUUCACCUUCUUCAAGCCAGACACUGUCAAGGACCUACCCACCAGACAACAGGUGGAGUUCUUUGAGCCAUUCUGGGACAGUGGGGAGCCCCGUGUCGGGGAGAGGGGGGCCAGUGGAUGGAGAGCCUGGAUGACCCAGCAGGAGAGAGGGGGCUGGCUCCAACCCAGUGAACAAGAUGAUGGAGAUGAAGAAGAUCAGGAGGAAUUGGAGGUGAAGGAUAAAACCUGGCCCAAGUGGAGGAUCUGGUUGGAUGUGGAGACGUCACGCGAGGCCAUCCAUUGGCUGCCAUGGAGGCCGGACAAAACCAAGGGCCAAUCGGUGGAGGACUGUGAGGACCCGGACCGACAGGUGCUGUUUGAUGACAUUGGGCCGUCUAUGAUCCGGCUGGUCCACCCAGACCUCCAGCUAUGUCUUCUUCUGUCCUUCCUGCACUUCCUGGGUCUGCCUGCUGACACUUCCUGUUACAGCGCCCCCUCCUGUAGCCUGCUUCUGGAUGAUCAGGCUCUACUGGGGGAUGUUCACCAUCCUGACUCACCACUGACCUCUUAUGCCCUCCCUGUUCCUGGGGUCAGCCCCGUGGGUCACAUGACCUCCCUGCAGGGUGCCAGGAGGGGGGUGGGGCUGUGUAAGCAGGGGGAGGAGUUUGUAGACAACGUGUUCCAGAUGGUUCUGCCUCUGUUCUCUGCUCAGGAGAGAGCUGUCCUCUCACUACACUGGAUCCAGUAUGAGAAGCUCAAGGUGCUGAGGUGCGUGCGCGGCAGGAACAAGAAGCGUGUGAAAUCCCAGGGGAAGAGGAGCAAGCGCCUGGCCAAGCGCCUGCUGAAGGAGCCAGAGAACCGGGGCCGCCUCAGCCUGUGGAGGGAGUACGCCCACCUGGAGUGGCUGCUAGGGAAUUUGGACGAGGCCCACAAGGUGUUCGACACAGCCCUGGGACUGGGCGUGGCAGGAGGGCUGGCAGACCCUGCCCUGUGUGACCUCUGCCUGCUCUACGCCCAGCUGGAGGUGGAGGAGGCCUGGCGAAGGGAUAUGGGCGGGGCAGGGACGACUGUUACGACCGCCAUGUCUUCACCAGCGGUCUAUAUCCUCACCAAGCUAGCAGAGGGUAGUUCGUAUGCCCCCUUCUUGGGACAGUUGGCUCCAGUGGCCGUGCUGAAGGCCAGGAAGGCCUAUGAGCAGGCUGUGGUGAGCUCCCUGCCUGGGCAGGAGGAGGAGGCCGCGGGGCAGGGGCAAUCCAAGUCCAGGCAGGUCAAAGGUCUGGUGGGGUGUUACGCCCUAUUCCAGUACCUGACUGUGGGGGUUGAUGCUGCUGAUGCUGUCUACAACCUGGCUAGAAAGAGGCUGGAGCAACACUCCAGUAUGUCAGCCCAGGAGUCAGCUAGCAGUGAAGUUAUGUGUGACAUACAGACACUGAGCUCUGUCUCAGAGUGUGAGGCCCUGGCUGUCCAGCAGGUGGCGCUACUGCGCUACCACACCAGCACCAACGUGUACCCACUUAGCCAUAUCAGACUGGCGCUGACCUCGGCCCUGGCCCACUUUGCCUCCAGCACUUCUCUGUGGCAGUUGUAUGUGCAGGUGGAGAACCGCUACCAUAGCGCUGGCAGGGCUCGCCGCUUCUUCCACAGCGUGACCAAGGCUAGUACAAGUGUCGUGCCACGCCUGUUCGCCAUCAGCGCAGAGCAGCAAAGGAAGCAGCUAGUGGACUCUGUUCAGAGGUCUGAUUGCUGUGGUGACACCGUCUCCAGCCUGCCAGAGAACGGCCUGAGCAACCGUAUCCGCUCGCUGUUUGAGAAUGCCAUAGCAACAGAGCACGGGGUCCACUGUCCAUUGCUGUGGAGGAUGUACAUGAACUUCCUGGUGUCAGAGGGGAAGGUGGAGAAGGGAAGAGGUAUCUUCUACAAGGCUCUACAGGACGUCCCAUGGGCAAAGGGUUUAUACAUGGACGCGGUGCAACUCUUCCCUGAGCACGUGCAGGAGUUCCUGGACCUGAUGACCGAGAAGGAGCUCAGACUGAGGGUUCCCAUGGAGGAGGUGGACAUACUGCUGGAGGACUGAGGCUCUAAAACCCUUCCCACAGUGCACUGGGGCCUGGCUUCCUCAGACACUCCACUGUGGAUACCCAAAGUUGUGCACUGACCAAUAGAACAACCAAGUGUCCUCAUGAAGAAGAUCAUUUUACUUUUCAAACAGACGUGUGAAUAAAUGAUGUUACACUUAUUAGUGUUAAUUCAAUAUUUUGAUGGAUUGCAAAUCCAUAUUUUUAUAUUUCCAGCUUUUUAUGGAUUCUUAAUCCAUAUUUUGAUUAACAUAAUAUCCUAUUUUUCUGUCAAAGAUUUGUUUUGAAACAUUUUUUUUUUAAUGGACUGAAAUAAAUGUUUUGUUUCCUAAUACUGGCCUAUCAACCUUUAUCAACCUUCAACCUUUAUUUAAGAAUGAGCUCUGAGCUUUCAGCCAAUGUGAACCCUGAGGGAUGCUUGUGUGCAUUUCCUGUGUGGAUAACGACAUCAUCACAUCUUUUUAAUGAUUGUCCUUCAGAGUAGUAAGAGCAUCUACUCUGGCUGUCUCGGGUGAGUGAUGCUUCUGAUGACCUUGAACCUAUGAUGAUGUUCCUCUGUCAGUUUACUGGAUUGGCCUCGAUCUACUACAUACUACUCAGGCUAUGAUGUAAUAUUUCAUUAGUGAAAUAUACAACGCCUUCGGAAAGUAUUUAGACCCCUUGAAUUUUCCCACAUUUUGUUCGGUUACAGUCUUAUUCUAAAAUGUAUUUAAUUGUUUUUUUCCCUCAUCAAUUUACACACAAUAUCCCAUAAUGACAAAGCAAAAGCAGGCUGUUAUACAUUUUGGCAUAUAAAAAACUGAAAUUACAUUUACAUAAGUAUUACAGACCGUUUACUCAGUACUUUGUUGAAGCACCUUUGGCUGCGAUUACAGCCUCAAGUCUUAGGUAUGACGCUACAAGCUUGGCACACCUGUAUUUGGGGAGUUUCUCCCAUUCUUCUCUGCAGAUCCUCUCAAGCUCUGUCUGGUUGGAUGGGGAGUGUUGCUGCACAGCUAUUUUCAGGUCUCUCCAGAGAUGUUCGAUCGGGUUCAAGUACAGGCUCUGGCUGGGCCACUCAAGGGAAUUCAGAGACUUAUCCUGAAGCCACUCCUGCAUUGGUUGUGUGCUUAGGGUCGUUGUCCUGUUGGAAGGUGAACCUUCGCCCCAGUCUGAGGUCAUGAGCAGGUUUUCAUCAAGGAGCUCUGUGCUUUGUUCUGUUCAUCUUUGCCUCCAUCUUGACUUGUCUCCCAACCCCUGCCGCUGAAAAACAUCCCCACAGUAUGAUUCUGCCACAACCAUGCUACACCGUAGGGAUGGUGCCAGGUUACUCCAGAACUGACACUUGGCAUUCAGGCCAAAGAGUUCAAUCUUGGUUUCAUCAGACCAGAGAAUCUUGUUUCUCAUGGUCUGAGAGUCCUUUAGAUGCCUUUUGGCAAACUCCAAGCAGGCUGUCAUGUGCCUUUUACUGAGGAGUGGCUUCCGCCUGGCCGCUACCAUAAAAGGCCUGAUUGGUGGAGUGCUGCAGAGAUGGUUGUCCUCCUGGAAGGUUCUCCCAUCUCCACAGAGGAACUCUGGUGCUCUGUCAGAGUGACCUUCGGGUUCUUGGUCACCUCCCUGACCAAGAUGCACCUGAGCUCAUUUUUGAAUCUCAUAGCAAAGGGUCUGAAUACUUACAGUACCAGUCAAUAGUUUUAGAAAACCUACUCAUUCAAUGGUUUUUCUUUCAUUUUUUACUAUUUUCUAUAUUGUAAAAUAAAUAGCAAAGACACAACUCUGAAAUAACAUAUGGAAUCAUGUAGUUACCAAAAAAGUAUUAAACAUACUUUAUAUUUGAGAUUCUUCAAAAUAGCCACCCUUUGCCUUGAUGACAGCUUUGCACACCCUUGGCAAUCUCUCAACCAGCUUCACCUGGAAUGCUUUUCCAACAGUCUUGAAAGAGUUCCCACAUAUGGUAAGCACUUGUUGGCUGCUUUUCCUUCACUCUGCGGUCAAACACAUCCCAAACCAUCUCAAUUGGGUUGAGGUCGGGUGAUUUGUGGAGGCCACGUCAUCUGAUGCAUCACUCUACUUCUUGAUCAAAUAGCCCUUACACAGCGUUGUUGAACAUAGCAACUGUGGCCUAAUAAAUUGAGAGAGAUGUGAGACAUUUUAUUGUAAUUGUUAUUUAUUGUAAUUGUUGCUUUCAGAACAUUUGAAAAGGUUUUCUGUUUGAUUGUAAAGUCAUUGAAUAUCUCUUUGUAGCGUUCUAUUCAAGGGCUUCAUAUUUUAAGUAAUACACGUAAUGUUUUUUGUUGCGUUUUAAUUAUAAAUAAAUCACAGACAAUGUCACCAGCAAAGCACCCCCACACCAUCACACCUCUUCAAUGCUUCACAGUGGGAACCACACAUGCAGAGAUCAUCCGUUCACCAACUCAGCGUCUCACAAAGACAUGGCAGUUGGAACAAAAAAUCUCAAAUUUGGACUCAUUAGACCAAAGGACAGAUUUCCACCGGUCUAAUGUCCAUUGCUCAUGUUUCUAGGCCCAAGCAAGUCUCUUCUUAUUAUUGAUGUCCUUUAGUAGUGGUUUCUUUGCAGCAAUUCGACCAUGAAGGCCUGAUUCACACAGUCUCUGAACAGUUGAUGUUGAGAUGUGUCUGUUACUUGAACUCUGUGAAGCAUUUUUUUGGGCUGCAAUUUCUGAGGCCAGUAACUCUAAUGAAUUUAUCCUCUGCAGCAGAGGUAACUCUGGAUCUUCCUUUCCUGUGGUGGUCCUCAUGAGAGCCAGUUUCAUCAUAACGCUUGAUGGUUUUGCGAUUGCACUUGAAACUUUCAAAGUUUUUGAAAUGUUCUGUAUUGACUGACCUUUAUGUCUUAAAGUAAUGAUGGACUGUCAUUUCUCUUUGCUAAUUUGAACUGUUCUUGCCAUAAUAUGGAUUUUUUACCAAAUAGGGCUGUCUUCUGUAUACCACCCCUACCUUGUCACAACACAACUGAUUGGCUAAAAUGCAUUAAGAAGGAAAGAAAUUCCACAAAUGUACUUUUAAGAAGGCACACCUGUUAAUUGAACUACAUUCCAGGUGACUACGUCAUGAAGCUGGUUGAGAGAAUGCCAAGAGUUUGUAAAGCUGUCAUCAAGGCAAAGGGUGGGUACUUUGAAGAAUCUCAAAUAUUUAGAUUUGUUUAACACUUUAUUGGUUACUACAGUUGAAGUUGGAAGUUUACAUACACCUUAACCAAAUAUAUUUAAACUAAGUUUUUCACAAUUUGUGACAUUUAAUCCUUGUAAAAAUGCCCUGCCUUAGGUCAGUUAGGAUCACCACUUUAUUUUAAGAAUGUGAAAUGUCAGAAUAAUAGUUGAGAGAAUGAUUUAUUUCAGCUUUUAUUUCUUUCAUCACAUUCCCAGUGGGUCAGAAGUUUACAUACACUCAAUUAGUAUUUGGUAGCAUUGCCUUUAAAUUGUUUAACUUGGGUCAAACAUUUUGGGUAGCCUUCCACAAGCUUCCCACAAAACGUUGGGUGAAUUUUGGCCCAUUCCUCCUGACAGAGCUGGUGUAACUGAAUCAGGUUUGUAGGCCUCCUUGCUCACAAACUAUUUUUCAGUUCUGCCCACAAAUGUUCUAUAGGAUUGAGGUCAGGGCUUUGUGAUGGCCAUUCCAAUACCGUGACAUUGUUGUCCUUAAGCCAUUUUGCCACAACUUUGGAAGUAUGCUUGGAGUCAUUGUCCAUUUGGAAGACCCAUUUGCAACCAGGCUUUAACUUCCUGACGGAUGUCUUGAGAUGUUGCUUCAAUAAAUCCACAUAAUUUCCCCUCCCUCGUGAUGCCAUCUAUUUUGUGAAGUGCACCAGUCCCUCCUGCAGCAAAGCACUGCCACCCCCGUGCGUCCCGGUUGGGAUGGUGUUCUUCAGCUUGCAAGCCUCCCAUUUUUCCUCCAAACAUAACGAUGGUCAUUAUGGCCAAACAGUUCCAUUUUUGUUUCAUCAGACCAGAGGACUUUUCUCCAAAAAGUCCAAUCUUUGUCCCCAUGUGCAGUUGUAAACCGUAGUCUGGCUUUUUUCUGGCGGUUUUGGAGCAGUGGCUUCUUCCUUGCUGAGCGGCCUUUCAGGUUAUGUCUAUAGGAUUUUUUUUUACUGUGGAUAUAGAUCAUCUCUAGGAGACAGAACGUGUCUCCUUCCUGAGCGAUAUGACAGCUGUGUGGUCCCAUGUUGUUUAUACUUGCGUACUAUUGUUUGUACAGAUGAACGUGGUACAUUCAGGCGAUUGGAAUCCAUUGACUUGUGGGGGUCUACAAGGUUUUUUUCUGAGGUCUUGGCUUAUUUCUUUUGAUUUUCCCAUGAUGUCAAGCAAAGAGGCACUGAGUUUGAAGGUAGGCCUUGAAAUAAAUCCACAGGUACACGUCCAAUUGACUCAAAUGAUGUCAAUUAGCCUAUCAGAAGCUUCUAAAGCCAUGACAUCAUUUUCUGGAAUUUCUAAGCUGUUUAAAGGCACAGUCAACUUAGUGUAUGUAAACUUCUAACCUGUCUGUAAACAAUUGUUGUUAAAAUGACUUGUGUCAUGCACAAAGUAGAUGUCCUAACCGACUUGCCAAAAUUAUUGCUUGUUAACAAGAAAUUUGUGGAGUGGUUGAAAAACAAGUUUUAUUGGCUCCAACCUAAGUGUAUGUAAACUUCCGACUUCAACUGUACAUGAUUCCAUCUGUUAUUUCAUAGUUCAGAUGUCUUCACUAUUAUUCUCCACUGUAGAAAAUAGUACAAAUAAAGAAAAACCCUUGAACGA